AUGAGAGCCGCCUCGCUCCUCCUGCUCAUCCUGCCUGGCCGGCUAGCUCAGGGCCAGCAUGAUCUGGACCCACCGCCUCCGUGCCCAGACCACGUGCAGUACACCCACUACAGCCACCAGAUGGACAAGCCGGACUACUAUGAUUACCCAGAGAUGACGCCUCGGCCACCCGAGGAGCAGUUCCAGUUCCAGUCCCGGCAGCAAGCCCAGCAGGAACCCUGCAAGCAGUGUCUGAACGCGGCCUGCUUCUACAGCCUCCGCCGCGUGUAUGUCGUCAGUAAGGAGAUUUGCGUCCGGACGGUCUGCUCCCACGAGGAGCUCCCGCGGGCUGACCUGUGCCGUGACAAGUUCUCCAAGUGUGGCGUGCUGGCCAGCAAGGGCUGCGGGCCUGGGGCUUGCCACAGCCACUCCCCUAGCCUGGGGCCACCCCCGGGGCCACAAGGGGGCUCCCGAAGGGCCAGUCUCUGCCCCCGGGUGGGGGACAUCCCGGGCGCUCUGUGGGACCUGGGCCCCCGACGUGCGUCCCUCAUCCCCCGCCAGGACCAUCCCUCACCCCCAAGGGAAUUCACCACAAUUUCUGCCUCAGGGAAUAAACUGCUGCCUGAAGCAAGGUUCUUUGGAAGAGGGAUCUGGGGGUGCCUGGCAGCCCAGAUCCAGGCCACGCUCCCAAGAGCUCACCUGAGCCCCCAGUGUGAUGGCAAGAAGGCUCCGUGGUACCUCGUCCCCCGCAAACGAUGGUCCAGGCUGAGCACAACCCACUUCCACAUGGGUCAGCUUGAGUUCUGGAAACGCCGUCUCUCCUGCUCCAGCCAGGUGACGCGUCAAUCCUUCUUCCAUUGCCCUUCAGGAGGGAAGCGCCGCGGUGAGGGGGAGAUGGCAACUGCAAUGCUGGCCACGUGGCGUGGUGCCCGGCAGGGAGGGCGGAGGCUGCGCCAGUGCCCGCUGUGCCCGCGGGGCCUCAAGACAAGGCGCUUCCUCCCGCCCUUCCCUGUCAACUCCAUAGACCUUUGUUCUUCCAAGCUGUCAGAGGGAGAGGAUCCGGGCUUUAUCUGCGAAGGUUUCCUGCAAACUCUUUUCACAGCUGCCCUCGCCCCGUUCCUGCCUCCCACUCACGCCCUGUCCUUGAGCUCAGGCUACGGUUUGGCCCCCGUGCUUUUUGAGAAGAGUGUUGCUGUGAGGACCUCCCUCCACACCCUCGCCCUCCGGCCUCCUCCUGGCUUCUCCCUGCAGCCUCUGCCUCCCCACCCGGAUGUGGCCGGACCAGCCUGCGCUCAGCCCCCUCUGAGCCCCUGCCCAGGGGCACUGGCAUCCUUCACCCACCUGUCUGUUCACUCCUUCAGCAACAGCGGCACAGCUUCAAGUGCUAAGGAGGAUGCUGGACGGGUGUGCUGCCCGAGCGGGGCCGGGGGCGGAGGGGGUGGCUUCGAAGGCCAGCCACCCGUGCUGGGGCGGGCCCUGCUGUGGUGUCCGCUUCCCGUCUUCGCGGCUGGGGCCCUCGAGUCCAGCUCCGGGGAGGGGCCACAGGGGGGCCUCCAGUCCAGCUGCUCGUCCCUGCGUCCUCAGCUCCAAGCCCUGCCGCCGCCCGGCCCUCCCUGCAAAGGCGACUCGGACCUUCCUGGAGGGUCAAAGAUGACGUCUCUGCUCACAUCCGUCCACAGAACACGCUCCUGGGUCCCCUUCACAGCUCGGAUAUCUGCGCAGGCAGAGGUGGCCCAGAAUCCGAGAGCUUUAGCGUCUCCUUGGUGA